AUGCUGAAAUUGAGACAUUCUCGGUUGCAGGCUAAGAAGCUGUCGACAGUAACGCUUGUAUUAUCCAUGCUGUUUAUGUUAACGGUAGUUUUAUUGAUGCUUUUAGGACUAGGGAUUUUCUCUCUUCCGAUAAACAGCGAUGAUUCUCCGCCCACUGAUCUUACUUCUUAUAGACGCAUGGCUUCUGAAAGAGGAAAAGGCCUGGGGAAAAGAGGGCAGCAGUGGACUGAAAUCCUUUCUUGGGAACCUAGAGCUUUCAUUUAUCAUAACUUCUUGUCCAAGGAAGAAUGUGAUUACCUAAUAAAUCUCGCUAAACCUCACAUGGCAAAGUCCACUGUUGUUGAUAGCAAAACAGGGAAAAGUAAAGAUAGCAGGGUGCGUACAAGUUCGGACUCCUCGGUUGGCAGGACAAAAUCUGGUGUCUUCACCUUCAUUCCUGUAGAGCAUGGAGAAGGCCUUCAGGUUCUUUACUAUGAAGCUGGACAGAAAUAUGAUGCACACUUCGAUUACUUCCUUGAUGAGUUCAACACUAAAAAUGGAGGCCAGCGAAUGGCUACUGUGCUUAUGUAUUUGUCAGAUGUUGAAGAAGGAGGUGAGACAAUAUUUCCAGCUGCCAAGGGAAAUGUUAGUGCUGUGCCUUGGUGGAAUGAAUUGUCUGAUUGUGGUAAACAGGGUCUAGCUGUGAAGCCAAAGAUGGUAGAUGCAUUGCUGUUCUGGAGCAUGAGGCCUGAUGCCACACUAGAUCCUUCAAGUUUGCAUGGUGGGUGCCCUGUUAUUUCCGGGAACAAAUGGUCCUCAAAAAAGUGGAUUCAUGUUGAAGAAUACAAGGUUUAAGCUGCUGUAUAGAGGAUGACAAGGUACAUCAGUACAUGUUAUAUAACCUUGCAGUGCCGAGGAAGUGUAAUUGAAGCAAGCCCUUCAGACUCGGGUCCAUUAUUCUCUUUUUGACGGGGCAUUGUAUCUCUUGACCUAAUUCUUGGGUUGGGAAGUAAUUGUUCUCAUGUUUUCCGGUGGAAGCUAUUGGGUUGAGAGA